GCAAAGCAAACCAAAGCAAGCACCCCACUUUUUUUUUUUUUUUUGGAGUCUCUAAUCUGAAUCUCCCUCUCCAAAUACUCAACUCUGCAUUCCUCUUUGUCUGUUAAAAUCUGCUUUUUUUGACCUCUUCUUUUUGUCCUCCCACACCACCUCACCUCUAUAAGCACCUCUUGUUAAGUGUUUCACUGCCAAAACUCUCCAUCCUUUCCUCCUCUCUUUCUCUCUCUUCCUUCUUCACCUCUUGCUUUCUUCUAUUACUCUAAUUACUGUGAUUCCCCUCUAAACCAAAUCAUCCUUUUCUUUCCUUCUAACCAACCAUGUCUGCAACACAAGCUGUUUGAUCCAUGUCAGUUUCCUCUUCCUCUUCUUCAAUUGACUUUGUAGCAGGCUGAAAUUAUAAAAAAAAAAGAAAAAAGAAGAAAGCUACAGGGUUUGUUUGUAGCUGUCUUCAUUGAUUAUCUUCUGGCUGAGAUAUAGAGACGGUUAGUUGUCUGUAGCCACACUCUCUUUCUCUCUCUCUCUCUCUUUCUCUCUCUGUGUGUCUCCUUUUCAAGAGAUAGAAAUUAGAAAAUACCCAGAGUGGGAAAGUGUCUUGUUUGCCUAAAAAGUUGUCUUCUCAUGACCAUAUCCUGUGUGCCCUACUUCUGAGUCUGUGCUUUCUUACUUUCUCUUCUUAAUUCACCUGAAGAUAAUGAGGUCGGUGGUGGUAGUGCCAUAGUGCUGCUACUCAACUCAAUUGCUUCCAACACCACUCCAUAAUUUUCAUUUCUUCCUAGCCAGCUUUUGAAAGAUUAGGAUUUCUGAAACUUAGAAUUGCAAUCAUUUUAGCACUACACUAUACCCUAAAGAAGCAAACAGGUAGCUAGGAGGGAAUGGAACUUUCGAGUCAAGAAGGAGAAAUCCCAAUCCCAAUAAACAGCACUACUUAUGGUGGGGGACACGGUAAUGGACACGGUCAUGGUCUCAUGAUUCACCAUGACCCUCCACAUCACAACCACAUUAUCUCCUCCACGGCUCCUACUAACGGCACACCCACUAUGCAUCAGGAGGAUCAUGGGUACAAGAAAGCGGUGAGAUACAGAGAAUGCCUGAAAAACCAUGCAGCGGCCAUGGGAGGGAAUGCCACUGAUGGAUGCGGCGAGUUCAUGCCGAGUGGAGAAGAGGGCACCAUAGAGGCACUGAACUGUUCGGCCUGCCAUUGUCACAGAAACUUCCACAGAAAGGAAGUGGAGGGUGAGCCGUCUUCAUGUGACUACCACCCCUUCAACAGAAGAAGACUCAUUCUGCGCCCUCACAAGAACCUCCUCCCUCCCGAGGCUCUUGGCUACCCUACGGGUAACAUCCUUCCUUCUAGAAGUGUCCCACCACACCAGAUGAUAAUGCCCUACAGCAUUGGUCACCUCCCUUCAGAGUCUGAUGAACAAGAAGACGGUGGAGGAAUGGUGCAGCCUAGACCCUCCCAGCUAGUGAAGAAAAGGUUCAGGACAAAGUUCACCCAGGAGCAGAAGGAGAAAAUGCUCAACUUUGCUGAGAGGGUUGGCUGGAAAAUCCAGAAACAAGAAGAGUCCGUGGUGCAACAGUUCUGCCAAGAGAUUGGGGUCAAGCGAAGAGUGCUCAAGGUUUGGAUGCACAACAAUAAGCACAAUCUCGCCAAAAAGAAUCCUCCUACUGCAGCAGCUUAAAGUACAAUAAUUUAUUAUUAUCGUUACAAUUAUCCAUCCAUCGAAUCAUCCUUUUAUCUAGCUUUGUGUUUUUUGCUUUAUUAUUAUGAUUAUUAUCAUUACUAGUAUUAUAAACUCCAUCCACUCUCCUCCACGUAUAAUCAUUAGCCUAGCCGCAAGUGUUUGUUGACUUUCUUCACUAUACUCUCUCUCUCUAAUCACCAUCUCCUUCAGUUCUCUUACCUAAAAGUGAAACUCUUCUUCUUCUUCUUCUCUCUAGUAGCUGCUUACCAAUAUAUACACUACACAAAUAUCUUCAUCUAUACCAUCAUGUGCUGUAGCUUAGGAAAUUGCAUUUGCAUUGUGUGAAGUUUUAGUUUCUGAGUGAACGGUGUUUAAUUCUCUCCUCUUCAACCUACCUGGCUAGCAUUCAAGUCAUGAGAACAUGGAAUCUAUGCAAUGAAUAGACUCUGUGGUACGAUAUAUGUAUUAAUAGAAUUACAUAGGGCUUUUGUA